UUCAGUUGAAUUUUUUUUUUCAAUCUCUCAACAUGUCCAAGAAAAGGGGAAACAAGAAAAACAAAGAUUUUGAUGACGAAUUGGAAACUGAGACCAAGUCCAACAAUAUAUCUGAAAUCAACACUAGAAGCAAAACUAAGGCGCUAAAGAAAGGGAAACCUACUAGAAAAAGUGACGGUAGUGACGAGGAAGAACCCAAAGCCAAGCCACAUGGAUCAGGAGAUGCUCCCAAACCAGUCCAAAAAGCCAAGAAACCAGCGAAAAAAGGUAAAAAGAAAAAUGAAGAUGAUUGGUCUGAUAAAGAAGUUGAAAUAGAUCUAAACAUUUCAACUGAUGAUGAAGGAAUUAUAGCUCCAAAAAAGUCUAUUAAAAAGAACAAAAACAAAGAGAAAAUUGAUGAAAGUGACAAAGAUGAAGCAGUUGACUCAGAUGGGGAAUCUAUCAAACUACUCCCCAAAAAAUCAAACAAGAAAAAUAUCAAAAAUUUUAAGUUUGAAGAGAAUGACUCAGAAGAAGAACCUGCCAAACCAGAACCUAAAAAAUCAAGUAAAAAAGACAAAAAGAAAAAGUUUGAUGAAAGUGAUGAAGAAAAAAACCAAGAUAGUGAAGCAGAGCAGGAUAUAAAAUCAGCUGAACCAAUAUUACAAGAGAAACUCGAGGAGGAACCAUUACCUUAUCCCAAAAAACUAAAGAGCAAAAAGGACAAGAAAUACACACAGGAUCAACCUGUAGCCCUAAAAAAAGAGUCAUCUGAAGACGCAGAAACAGCCAUUGAAGGUCAAGGUGAUGCGGGAGAACAAGCAUUAGAAGAAGUUAUAGAAAAAACCAAAUCCCUUGAUCUUGGCAAUGAAAAAGAAAAGAAAAUAACCCACAAGGAAAAAAAGAAACUCAAAAAGCUGCAAGAAUAUGAAAAGCAAAUGGAAAAUAUGCUUAGAAAGGGUGGACAAGGACACUCAGAUCUUGACAGCAACUUUACAGUAUCUCAAGCUCAAAAAACUGCUGGUCAGUUGGCCGCUCUUGAAAAUGCUGUUGAUAUUAAGAUUGAGAAUUUUAGUAUUUCUGCAAAAGGUAAUGAACUAUUUACUAACGCCAAUCUGCUAAUAGCCAAUGGCAGACAUUAUGGUCUAGUUGGCCCUAAUGGCCAUGGAAAAACUACACUGCUAAGACACAUUGCUCAGAAAGCAUUUGCCAUCCCACCAAACAUUGAUAUAUUGUAUUGUGAGCAAGAAGUUGUAGCCGAUGACUUUACAGCUGUUGAAACAGUAUUGAAUGCUGACAUUAAAAGAAAUACACUUCUAGCAGAACAAACUAAAUUAGAAGAACAAUUCAAUGCUGGAGAUUUACAAGUGCAAGAAAGAUUGAAUGAAGUAUAUGUUGAACUAAAAGCUAUUGGUGCAGAUUCUGCUGAACCCAGGGCUAGAAGAAUUUUAGCUGGUCUUGGGUUUACAAAGAAAAUGCAAGACAGAGCAACCAAAAACUUUUCUGGAGGUUGGAGAAUGAGAGUCUCGCUUGCUAGAGCGCUUUAUAUUGAGCCAACUCUCUUGUUACUAGAUGAACCUACCAAUCAUUUGGAUCUUAACGCUGUCAUUUGGCUUGACAAUUAUUUACAGGGCUGGAAAAAGACAUUGCUAAUUGUUUCUCACGACCAGUCGUUUUUGGAUAAUGUUUGUAAUGAAAUUAUUCAUCUUGAUAAUCUCAAGCUUUAUUAUUAUAAGGGGAAUUAUUCAAUGUUUAAAAAAAUGUAUGUUCAAAAGAAAAAAGAAAUGAUUAAAGAAUAUGAAAAGCAGGAGAAGCGGAUAAAAGAGCUGAAAUCUUCUGGAUCUUCUAAAAAACAAGCUGAGAAGAAACAGAAAGAAGCCCUUACAAGAAAACAAGAGAAAAAUAGGAGUAAAACUCAAAAACAAGAGGAUGGUGCUUUGCCGCAAGAACUUUUACAAAGACCAAAAGAAUAUAUGGUUAAAUUUAGGUUCCCCGAACCUCCACCACUGCAGCCUCCAGUUCUUGGACUACACAAUUGCACGUUUGCCUAUUCAGGUCAAAAGCCUCUUUUUGUUAAAACAGAUUUUGGUAUCGACAUGACCAGCAGAGUAGCUAUUGUAGGUCCUAAUGGAGUAGGAAAGUCAACAUUCUUGAAAUUACUUGUUGGAGAAUUAACGCCACAAGAGGGAGAAGCUCGCAGAAACCAUAGAUUAAGAAUUGGAAGAUUUGAUCAGCAUUCAGGUGAACAUUUAACAGCCGAAGAAACUCCAUCUGAAUACUUGAUGAGGCUAUUCGAUUUACCUUAUGAAAAGGCUAGAAAACAAUUAGGAACUUUUGGACUUGCCAGUCACGCUCACACAAUUAAAAUGAAAGAUUUAUCCGGUGGUCAAAAAGCCAGAGUUGCCUUAGCCGAACUGUGUCUCAAUGCUCCAGAUGUGUUGAUUUUGGACGAACCUACGAAUAAUUUAGAUAUUGAAUCAAUUGAUGCGUUAGCUGAUGCUAUAAAUGAAUACACUGGUGGGGUGAUAAUAGUAUCUCACGACGAACGACUCAUCAGAGAAACUAGUUGUGCCUUGUAUAUUAUAGAACAUCAAACUAUUAACGAACUUGAUGGGGACUUUGAUGAUUAUAGGAAAGAAUUGCUGGAAAGUCUUGGCGAAGUUAUUAAUAGUCCAAGUAUAGCUGCCAAUGCUGCUGUUAGUCAAUAAUUAUUUUGUGUAACUAAUUUUUUUUUCAAUUCAGCUGUUGAUUCGGAAAGCUUGUUUUAACAACCUUUAUUUCAAUAAAAGACCUUUGGUACCAU